AAGCCCGUACCACAAAUAUUGACGCGUUUCACCGUCUUUUUUGAGGGCGACGCGUUUCACCGUCUGAGCCCAGCUUGGAGGCCCGUAUCACAACUGCCACCUGCAAGACCGAGAAUCGCAACCGCGAGCCCGAGAAAAAAAGAGUGGAGGUAAAAUGGAGGGACGCCCCCGCGGCGGCGGCCGGACCGCCAUGGACUACUCGCUGGCGGCGCUGAAGCUGUUCGCCUCGCAGCUGGCGGGAUCCACGACCGCCCCCUCCUCGGAGGGCUCCUCCCCGGCGCAGAUGCUCUUCGGCAUCCGCUUCCAGCGCGCCUGGAUCCAGGGCGUGGUGGUGCGCGCGGACUACAGCGUCGGCGACGGGAGGCUGUUCGUGGAUGACGGCUCCUGCGUCACCGAGCUCAUGCUCCGGCCCGAGGAUGCCAAGGGCCAGCCCUGGCGCCCAGGGAUGUAUGUGCUGAUUAUUGGGGCAUAUAUUGCUCCCCAGUCUACUGAAAGUCUGCCAAUGGUCAAGGUGCACAAGAUAGUGGAUCUCUCUGGGCACCCGGACCGUGAAGCGAUGUGGUACAUGGAAGUGGCCGAGGCAUACAACUUCUUCUACAAGGCUGACGCCUCCGGUGCCGGCUCACCGCCAUGAGCACUCCUUGGUCUCUCCCGACGAUCCGUUUCAGUGCAGCACUCUCUUACAUUGCUGCCAUUGUCGUAGAUUGCUGCUGGUAACUCACCUCAGAGAAUGCUCUGCUUUCCUUUUGUUGUGGAGGUCGGCAGUCCAUAUAGGCUUAGACUUACUUUAGGCUCGCUCAUUUCUGAAGCAAAACAACCAGAAUCGAGUUCAUCACUCAGAGCUCGGUUUUCGGACGAUGCUUGCAUGCCCAAACAAGCAUUGCUCUUUGGAAUCUCCCUCUUUUUGCCCCCAAAAGAAGGAACCCCCCGUACCAUGAACAGAGUCUUGAUUUUGCACAAAGCGUCACAGAAAUGCAUCUCAGAUUCUCAGUACGCUAGUUUCUGAGAUAAAAUAAUUGAGUAAGCACCCAUCA